AGAGAAAGACACAGAGAAGAGUUGUGUGUGGCUAUACUUUAGGAAAAUGCAUUUUGUUUGUCUUUGUAGGACCUGGAUAAAUACAGCUGGACAUGGACAAACACUGUUUUGCGUGAGGACCCCGCACACAGCCUACACCAAGGACUAUCAGCAUGGACGAUGAAUGGGAGGAGGAGGAGCAGCUUGUUGUAGUGGAGCUCUCUGGUAUAAUCAGCAACGACUUCCUAUCCAAGUGUCGGGGAACAUGCAAGAUAUUGGAUAUCGACAGCGAGAAGCCCAUGAUGCAGGUUGGACAUUAUGUGUUCGCAGGGGAAUAUGAAGAUGCGUUGGGAACUUGUGUGCUGUUCGAGGAGGGACCACCAAAAGGUAAAGCUGACAGUGUUCCAGAUCUCAAGUACAAGUGUCACACCACGAGGAAACUGAUGAUGCAAAGAAUCUUUCUCGUUGAGAAAAAAGAAGGCGAAACCGGCACAGCAGGGAGUGGUGAUAGUCGUGAACAGAUGGACACACCUGGUCAGUCCAGUCAAGACAAAGACAAAGAUGACAAGUCAGGAGACGAUAUGGACAACAUAGAUUUGGAAGACUCGGCAGUGGGCUGAGAAAUGGAGGCUUUGCUAUAUUACGACCCGGUGUAGAGACACCAGCAUCUGUGAGGCUGUGAGGGACUCCAUGUCUGAAACAGACAAUUCAGAGACAGUUGGAUUUCAGCAAUAACAAGGAGAGGACUACAUUUUAUUGUGAUGUCUUGUGUGACAGUCCUUUCCCAGAAUCGUGUACUGCCUCUUCUUCACUGUACCUCAAAAUAAGUGAAUUUAAUAUUUGAUGUGAAACAUAAAUACAGUGAAAUGACACCUAAAGAGAAAACAUGCUUUUACAACUCAUCAUGUAAAUCCAUUACUUUCCUUCCACAUAUUGGGGGAGGGGGUCUUGGGAAAGGCUGUUACAGAAAUGUGGCCAGUGACCUCAGCUUAGCAGCAGGAAGUCCUGUCAUUGUGCCUCUGUGAUAUAAACCAGCAGAGGGAGAGAAAUCUGCUUUUGCUGCAAAGUUAUAGUAGAGAUGUGCUCAUUGUAGAAUGAGUCACUUACACAUUUAUAGAAAUGAGAACAGUACUUAACGUAAAAAGAUGAAGUCAUUAUGUUUCUGAUUUGUGAUAAAUUGGUUUUAUCAGUGGCACUUUGACUAGUGAUUUACAGUGUUAAAGCCAACAUCAAUAAAGGCUUUUUAUUUUUACAUUAAAAACUUGCAUUCUCCAUUUCUAUCUCAGGGUGUCUGUAGGUCUGUAAAACAUCUUAAAAUAUUAAAUUAAAUUUCAUAAAUAUUAGGCCUUCAAAGUCAUGAAAUUAGUCCUAAAUUUUAUAAAAACAUUUUAUCUGAUUUAUCAAUCUUUCAAUUUCUUUGUCAAAAUGAGUCAUGAUUUUUGUGUGACUGAAAGUCCACAUUUCUGAUGUUAAAAAUCUGUAAACAUACCACAGAACCAACUUUAUACUUGUGCUUACCUGUUGGCAAAAUGUAGAUAAACCUAACUCACCUACCUCUUCACAGGACCACAUAUAUAGGCCACUACUUAGUUUUAUACCAUAUUUUUUUUCAGUGCUUCAGUAAGAAAAAAGAAUCUUUGUAUAAAAAUAUGUCUUUAAUUUUGUUAAAAAUCAUCUUUAAAGGGUCUUAAAUAGCAUGUAAUUUAAGUGUCUAAUACCUGUACACCCUGUGUCUUAAAUGUAUUUAUUAAAUGACUUAUUGUGUUGGGUUUCUUUGUCAUUGUGGGAUUUUAGCCACAGAACAUAUAUGUGAAUUUUGCUUUUUUCAUUUACAUAAUAAGCGACAAAGUACUCUCUAAACAUACCACUGAACCACCUUAAUACGUGUCUUACCUGUAGGCAAAAUGUAGAUUAACCUAACGUGCCUGCUCUUGCAUGGGACCACAUUUAUAGACUACAGCUUUUCUUUAUAUUGUAUAUUUUUAUUCGUAUUCAGUGCUUCAAUGAGAAAGGGGGAUUAUUUGUCCAAAAUCUGUCAUAAAUUUAGUGAAAAAUCAUCCAGAAAAAGUCUUGAAAUGCAUUAAAUUGAUGUGUCUGA